GAAAAGCUCUUUAUUUAGUUGCAUCUGCGGUCUUUUUGCACGAAAAUGGUCAUUAUUUUGGUCAACAAAAAAUUCGACCAUUGAGUAUUAAAUAUCAAAGCCAAUUACUUGGAUAUCAUUAAAACUAUUAAAAAAUAGUUUAUUCAAAAGAGAUUGUAAUAUUUUCUGCAAUUUCAAGCAAAAAAAAAGAAUAUUAAAAUAGUGUUUAUUUGUUUUUUUUUUCUGGUUUAGUUGCUAAAAUUGAGUUUAGUUUACAAUUCAGUAGGCAUAUGUCAAGUUGAUAUAAUUUUGUGACUUCAAAUAAGAGUUUAUUUUUAUUAGCCAUUUAUUAAACAGAUCAGAUCGGAGAAGGUGCAUUUAUACACUGCAGAGUACAGUCUUGGCCUGAAUUGCACCAAUAACAGCGAUUCACAUUUGAUCCAUUUAUUCCCAUGGAGGGUACAACUUGACUUCUGGUGAAGCCUCUUAAUUUUACCUCUUCUUCAUAGUCCGGCUGCUGUUAUAAACAGGCCCUCGACCCAAAUUAUUCCUCCUAUUUGAACCCAACAGUAGCGUCGUCAUUGCCCCCAGUCAAUCGCUUGAUCCAAUUUAUUUGAUCAUUUUGCGCCUCAAAUUUGUUCAUUUGAACCAAAAUUCAAUUUCUUCUUUCCCUCAAAUUUUAUCUUUUUUGUUCAAACUUUGUUCAUUUUUCCAUAAGAAAUCAGUUAAAAUUUCCUUUGGUUUAAAUUCGCCUCUUCACACUGCUUCUUGUUAUUCUACUGUUUAUGAACAAAAAAAGUCCCUUCGAUUUUUCGCAUUUGUCAAAACUGUCCAGACAAAUUUCAUUCAAUUUGCAAUAGUAUCAAUCUCCGACAUAUAUCCCGUCAAACUCUCAUUUGAUUAGCUAGUUUUUACCCAAUUCACACCCAAAUAAAACCAAUCCUGCUUAAUCCAACCCUAGGAAUAAAACUGGCGUCUCCACCUACAUAAACCUAUAACUAUAAAUCAGUCCCCCGUUGAAUUACAAAUCGAAAAGUGAUUUUGCAAACCCAUUUUGACUGAACCGGGUAAUAAGUUAUAAACCUGCAACUUUAUUGUUCCUUAACUGCGAGAAGAAACAGAACAUAAAUAAAAGAUCGAUACUUGGUACGCUGACUACUUCAUUUCAGAUCUAUAUACUUGUUGUUUGCUAGUCUUACGGUUUCACCACGUGUAACGUACCAACAGCGUGUACCUUGAACCCAUACUUAAAACAGACAACUGCAAUUGUGUUGUAAGAUAUCUAAAUUUUAUACUGGGUGAAAUAUUUCUGCAGAGCCGAUUAAGUGUAUAUCAUUAACUGCAGUCUACUGUAAGAAACUGCUGAUAAAAACAGUUCUACUCCAAAUCCCAACCAUUAUAGCCAUUGGAUCUUUACUUCAUUUUUCUUCUUGAGAUACACCACAGAACCAUAAAUCAUUAUUAGAAUCGCUCUUUUUGGGAGGAGAUUAUUGUUCGGAAGUUAGAGAUGCCGUUUUUCAAGAAGAAAUCCGGCUCUGGCCAUAGUGUGUUUGAAGAGCGGUUCGAGCGUCACAAAAAACUAGGAGCGGGAGGAUUUUCAGAAGUGUACGAAGUCACUAGAAAAUCAGACAGUCAGAAGUUUGCAGCUAAGAUUAUAGAAAGGAAGCGACUGAAGGAUAACAUGGGGAAUCUGGAACUGGAAAUUGGGAUACUCAAAGUCAUCGACCACCAGAACAUCGUCAAGUUAAUCGAUCACAUAGAAGAGAAAAAACACAUCUACCUGAUCAUGACCCUAAUCACGGGGGGUGAGUUGUUCGACCGCAUCCUCGAAGUGGGCUACUACAGUGAGAAGAGUGCGGCUGCACUGGUGCAACAGAUACUGUCUGCAGUGGACUAUCUGCACCAGAGACAGAUAGUGCACAGGGAUCUGAAGCCAGAGAACCUACUCAUGUUGGACACCAGUCCACACUCACCUGUCAUCAUCAGUGAUUUCGGUUUAUCUGCCUACGUCACAGACGAGAACCAGAUGAGGCAGUCAUGUGGCACUCCUGGCUACGUAGCUCCAGAGAUCCUCUUGAAGAGACAUCCUUACAACGAGAAAAUAGACUGCUGGAGUACAGGCGUCAUAGUUUACAUUCUGCUCUGUGGCUACCCUCCCUUCUAUGGCGACAAUGACAAUCAGAUCUAUGAUAUGAUCAAGACCGGCGACUUUGAGUUCGACUCCCCAUCCUGGGACUGCAUCUCCUCAAGUGCUAAACAGUUCAUCAACUGUCUCAUCGAAGUCAACCCCCUUAAAAGGUUCUCCACGCAACAGGCAUUACAUCACGACUGGAUCUUGAGUGAGACCAGACCGGAAGUGGACAUUUCCACUCAAGUGAAGGAGAAGCUGAAGACGUUCCUGGCCAAGACCAGGUGGAAGAAGGCUUUCAACGCACAGAAGGCCAUACACAGGAUGCAGAUGCUCACUGGGUCUCCGAGUGCGGACGAGAACGGGGCUGCUGGCACCGGGAGAGCCGGCAACAGCGGGAAUAAAGGGGAUGAGGGGUCAGAAGGGUCUUCCACUGAAUGAACUGAUAUUGUUUCUCAAAUUAACUGUGCUUAUUAAGUUCAUGCAAAGGUCACCUUUGGUCAAUCGGUAUAACAAUCUUCGAUUUGCCUCAAAAGCGCAGUCUCAACUUGCGUUCAAUGAACCAUUUAUUACGUUUUUUUAGCCUUUUCAAUUUAUUCGGUUUUUUGUCUUGCAAACACGCAGGGAAAAUAAAUGAAAUUUGGCGCUUUUUCAUUCUCAUUUUAAUGCCUUGUCUUUUGUGUGAACUUGACCAAAGACCACAAUAGCAACGAUUUAGAAAAAUGAACUAGAAAUAGCUUUUUCUUUUAGCAAAAAAGCAAUGACGUGUUUUAUUGAAAAUUUUAUCAGCACAAUUUAUCGCCGACUGAAAAAGAACAAUUUGACUCAGUUUGACUCUCCAUUAAACAAUCCUGAAUCGAUUGACCUUAGAAUGCGUAAAUCCUUAAAUUACAUUUCAUUAUUUGUACAAUUGAAUAGUUUUAUCUACCUACCUAUCUGCUGCAUUGCAAUUCGUAAAGAAAAAUAGUCCAUUGUAUGUACGUUUGAGUGAAAAAAUUUAAUGAAUUCGAUGAAAAA